AUGGACAAAAGUUGGAUGUCUAUGGAUAGAAGAUCAGAUGAAUAUGAGAAUGGGAUUGACCGUUUUUGUGAAUUUGCUCUACACCAUGCUGCUGAUCCCAAUUCCAUUCGUUGUCCAUGUUUAGAAUGUGGACAUGUUAAACCACAUACUAUUAAGGAGGUUAGAAAUCAUUUGAUUUGUUAUGGUAUUGAUCAAAGCUAUGUUACAUGGUAUUGGGAUGGAGAGCCUAUUCCUAGUUCAGAUCUGGAAAGAAAAGAUGGAAUCUGGGAAAGCUACAAUGAAAGCAUUUUUAUGGAAAACACUGUAGAUAUGGUUGAAGCUGCGAGGGAUGAAUAUGUUAGCAAUCCAGAAGCAUUUGAGAAGUUGUUGGAAGAUGCCGAGAAACCCAUAUAUCCUGGUUGUGUGAAGUUUACUAAGUUAUCAACUUUAGUCAGAUUGUAUAACUUGAAAGCACAAGGCGGGUGGCCUGAUAAAAGCUUUUCAGCAUUAUUGAAAUUCUUAAGAGAACUACUUCCAGAAAUGAAUGAGAUGCCUUCAACCUUAUAUGAAGCGAAGAAGACAUUGGGGCCGUUGGGGAUGGAGUAUGAGAAAAUACACGCAUGCCCUAAUGAUUGCAUCCUAUAUAGGAAAGAUUAUUCAGAAGCAUAUGUAUGUCCUACUUGUGGUGUGUCUAGAUGGAAGGUUAGUAAGAAUUCGGGUGAAGUUCAGAAAAAACAAGUACCAGCAAAGGUUAUGUGGUAUUUUCCCCCAAUCCCUAGAUUUAGAAGGAUGUUUCGUAAUAGGGAUACAGCAAAAAACUUAUUAUGGCAUGCCACAGAAAGAGAAGAAGAUGGUAAACUUCGCCAUCCAGCGGACUCUCCUUCAUGGAAGCUUGUAGAUCACAUCUGGUUAGAUUUUGGGGACAACCCUAGAAACCUUCGCUUGGCAAUUUCAGCAGAUAGAAUAAAUCCUCAUGGUUGUCUUAGUAGUAGGUAUAGUUGUUGGCCUAUUCUUAUGGUCACCUAUAACCUACCACCAUGGUUGUGUUUGAAAAGAAAAUUUAUUAUGCUAACAAUGUUGAUAUCUGGUCCUAAACAGCCAGGUAAUGAUAUUGAUGAAUAUUUGGCACCAUUAGUAGACGAUUUAAAAACUCUAUGGGAUGUUGGUGUCGAGGCAUAUGAUGCAUACAAACAAGAGACCUUUAUGUUAAAAGCUAUUUUGCUAUGGACAAUAAAUGACUUCCCUGCAUAUGGGAAUUUGUGUGGUUGUAGUGUCAAGGGAUAUAAAGCGUGUCCAAUUUGCGGUGAUAAUACACAUUCUAAAUGGUUAAAGUUUGGUAAUAAGGUUUCAUUUGCUGGCCAUAGAAAAUAUCUACCGAGUGAUCAUGUUUUCAGAAAAGAAAAGGGUCCGUUUAAUGGUCAGCAAGAGUUUAGAACAGCUCCACAUCCUUUAAGCGGGGAGGAAAUUCUGGAAAGAGUUAACAGGAUUAAACCAUCAUGGGGAAAGAAGUUGUUGACUUCUAAAAAACCAAAGGUCAAGCUGCAACUUGGUAAAAGGAAGGCCAGAGAUGAAGCUAAUGUUAAAAACAAAAAGGCAGUCAAUGAUCUGCUUACUACUUGCUGGAAAAAAAAAUCUAUAUUCUUUGAUCUACCUUAUUGGAGUUCAUUGCAUGUUAGACAUUGUUUAGAUGUGAUGCACAUUGAGAAAAAUGUGUGCGAGAGCUUAAUUGGAACGUUGUUGAACAUUCCUGGAAAAAGUAAAGAUAGUGUUGCAGCAAGAAAGGAUCUAAUGGAAAAAGGUUUGCGGAAAGGUUUGGCACAUAAGGAAGGCGAAAACAAGACAUAUCUCCCUGCCGCACCUUAUACAUUGUCAAAGAAGGAAAAACAAUCAAUUUGUGGUUCUUUGUAUGGAUUUAAGGGACCAAAAAAUUUCUCGUCAAAUUUUAAAAAUCUGGUUUCUAUGCAAGAGUUGAAACUUUUUGGUCUUAAGUUUCACGAUUGUCAUAUACUUAUGCAGCAUUUCAUUCCAGUUGCUAUUCAUGCAGUGUUACCUAAGCAUGUGAGAUAUGCAAUUAUAAGAUUUUGUGUGUUCUUCAGUGCUUUAUGUAGCAAGACAAUUGAUGUAUUACAAUUAGAUGAAAUUCAAAGUGGUCUUGUUGAGACUUUGUGUUUACUUGAAAAGAUAUUCCCACCUUCUUUUUUUGAUAUAAUGGUGCAUCUCACAGUCCACCUUAUUCGAGAAGUGCGGUUAUGCGGUCUCGUAUAUUUGCAUUGGAUGUACCCAUUUGAACAGUACAUGAGUGUCCUAAAAGACUAUGUGAGAAAUCGCAAUCGUCCUGAAGGUUGCAUGGCUGAAGCUUAUAUUGUUGAGGAAGCAGUAGAUUUCUGUGCAGAUUACUCGUCCGGAGUACAUGCUGUUGGACUCCCUCCCAAAUCUCAUUUAGAUAUGAAAGAUUACACCGCUCCAUUAGGAAGUGGACAUGUGGUGACUGCUUGUCCCAAGCUAAGGCAUCAAGCACAUCUUUCUGUUUUGGACAACACAGCUGAAGUUCAGCCAUAUAUAGAUGAGCAUUUGGAGAGAUUGAAACUGGAGCACCCUCAAAAGUCUAAGGUAGAGCUUGAGCUCAAUAGUCCUGAAAAUGAGAUAUCAGAAAGCUUGAGGUGGCUAGCACAUGGUCCUCGAUGCGAAGUAAAAAAGUUUUCAGGAUAUACAGUGAAGGUAUCUGAUUAUCACACAAAGGCCUGGGAUAAUGAGUAUGUCCAACAAAACAGUGGGGUGACCUUAGACGCAGAUGCAUUGCAAGUUUCUAGUGCCAAAGAUAGGAAUCCUAUAGACAACGAGAUGACUUUCUAUGGGGUGAUUCAAGAGAUAUGGGAGCUCAACUACAAUAGCUUUACGCGAGUUAUGUUUAAAUGUGAUUGGGUUGCAAAUAGGAAGAAGGGGAUAAAAGUAGAGGAUUUUGGAUUCACAUUAGUUGACCUUAGUAGGAUUGGGCACAGGUCUGAUUCCUUUGUUUUAGCUAAUCUUGUGCAAAAGGUAUUUUACGUUGAAGAUCCAGCAGACUCAAGGUGGUCAAUUGUAUUGCAAGCACCUCAAUUGGACUGGUUAAAUGAAGAUGAGCUAGGGGAUACUACACUUGAUUAUCAAUCUUUUCCCCAUGCACUGCCAUCUGUUAGCACAUUUGAUAUAAUGACUGGGAAUGAUGCAGAUUACGUGAGAACUGAUUGUGAAGGCACAUGGGUCGAAGAGCAUAAUUGA